AUGGUUAAAGAAAUUAAUAUAUUAAAAGAUGAUGUAUUUGAUAAUAUUAAUAAAUAUAGAAAUAUUACUAAUGAAGCAUGGGAAGAAAUAUUAGGAUUGGUAAAUUCUUUUACAUUAAUAUCAAGAAAAAAAAAAGAUAAUUCUUUACCUAAAUAUUGUACUUGUGAAUUAACUAUUCCUAAAUGUAAACCUGGACCACCAGGUAAACCUGGAAAACCAGGAUUAGAUGGUGAUAAUGGUAAUCGUGGUCCAGAUGGUGUUGAUGCUGAUUUAUUUGAAAAACCUAUUUGUAUUGUUGAGAUGGCUGAGUGUAUCAAAUGUCCACCUGGAAAACGUGGACCUAAAGGACGGACUGGUGUUCCAGGACCUAUUGGAAGAGAAGGUAUAUGUGGUGUUCCAGGAAUGCCUGGUAAAAAUGGAGAAAAUGGUUUACCAGGAAUUCCAGGUGAUUCAGGUCCACCAGGUCUUAUUGGAAUGCCAGGUGCCAAAGGUAAAAGAGGAAUAAAUGGUAAAAAACAGAUAUCAAAUAUACGUGGACCUAAAGGACCUAAAGGUAUUAUAGGAAAAAUAGGAAUACCAGGUAAAAAAGGAGAUAAUGGUAGUAAAGGAAAAAUAGGUUUACCAGGAAAAAUAGGAGAAAGAGGAAAAGAAGGUGAUACAGGAAGAAAAGGUGAAAAUGGUAUAAAUGGUAUUAAAGGUAUAAGUGGACCUGAUGCUUUUUAUUGUCCUUGUCCAAAUCGAACAAAUACUGUUUAA